AUGACGAAAUCAAAACAAGUAAACAUGACAGAAAACGAUGAUGAAAUUAUUGCAGAUUCAGAAAUGGGUGACAUAGUAGAUGAUGCUAUAAAUGUAGCCAAUAUAGAUCCAGUUACUAGCCAAAGUUUAUUAAUUUUAAAUAAAAAAAAAAAAAAGUCAAAAAAAAAAAAACAUUCUUUUGUUAAUUUAAGGGAAUGGACAACGAAAAUUCAAAAAAAAUAUGAAAAAAAAACAAACAAAAAUAAUAAAAUAAAUACAGAAAAUCAAAGUACAAAUAGUAAUGAUAAUAUUUCGAUAUCCUCUUCUUCAUCUAAUUCUAAAUCUAGUUUGAAUCAAAAUUUUUAUUAUCCUUCCGAUGAGUCUAAUUUUGAUUCAGACAUUGAAUUACGGAUUCGAAGACUUCUAAAAUUAGAAACUUCGACCAUCCCUAAAAAAAAUAAAAAAAAGAAAUCAGAUGAAGCUAUCAAAAAUCAAAUAGUAAACGCGUCAGGUGACCAACAAGAGUCUACCCUUGACGAAAUAAAUGUCAAUAAUGCUAAUGCAGAAGAAAACAAAUCUGAUGAACUAGUUACAAAUAUUGAAACAUCCAACAAUUUAGACAAUAUUGAUGAUAAUAAUAUUUUAAACGAAGAUACAAAUAUGGAACUAGACAAUGAUAUAAAAUCGGAUAACGACGAUGUAAAUGAAAAUACUUCAGAUGAAAUACCAACUAAAAAUAAUGAUCAAAUAUCUCCAAAAGAAAAUACGCAAUUAAAUAAACAAAAUGAUAUUGAAGAAAAUGAAUUUAACAGUAAUGAAAAAGAAACAAAAACCGAUUUUCCUGAUUCAAAUAAUUCUGCACAAACUAUAACAUUACACGAAACUCACCAAACUGAUAAAUCUGAAAAGGAAGAAAAUAGUGAAAAUACUGAAAAUGCAGAAAUGAAUAAUAGAGAGUCUGAAAAAUCGUUUGACGAUUCAUCAAAUAAAAUUAGUGAUAAUGUUGAAACACCUUCUGAAGUUAACACUAAUCAAAAUGGUAAGGAACAAUCUGAAAGUCCUAAGCGGCAUACCAAAAGCCCUUCUAAUUCAUCCAUAAAAAAUGAUAAAGAAACGGACGAAAAGGAAAGGCAUACAAAUUCAAAAAAUGAAAAACCCUCACCAGACCGGAAUUACGAUCGAUCCCGAAAUAGUAUCAGCAAAGAUUCUUCUGAACGAGAUGGAGAAGAAAACAAAAAUAACAACAUCGAAUCCAAUUCCAGUAAAAAGGGAAGUAACAGUAAUGAUAUUAAAAAGAGUUCACAAAAUAAUGAUGAAAAAAAUAAAGAGAAAGAAGAACCAAUGUCAUUGAGACAACGCAUUUUAAGCUUUAUUCCAGGAAAGCAAUAUUUAACAAAAGAUAAGGAUCAAGACUCCAAAAAAAAUGAACAUGGAAAAGAAGAUAACAAUAAUAAUUCACAUAAUACAGAUCAUAGUAAUGAUAAAUCUAAAGGAAUGAACAAUCACCAUACUCAUACAAAAAGGCAUAGCCAACAUAUUCAUAGCUCACACAAUCAUGACAAAAAAAGAGAACGACCAAAAGAUAAAGAUGAAAAACAAGAUAGCCAUAUCGAUGGACACAAAGAAACAGAUAAUGAACGAGACAAAAAAAGGGCUAGAAACAGAGAUAUGGACCGAGAUAGGAACCGAGAAAUGGAUAGAGACAGGGAUAGGGAUAUUGAUCGGGAUAGAAACAGAGAAUUCGAUAGAGAUCGAAAUAGGGAAAUGGAUAGAGAUAGACAUAGGGAAUAUGAUAGGGAUAGGAAUAGGGAAAUGGAUAGAGAUAGGAAUAGGGAAAUGGAUAGAGAUAGAAACAGAGAAAUGGAUAGAGAUAGGAAUAGGGAAAUGGAUAGAGAUAGGAAUAGGGAAAUGGAUAGAGAUAGAAACAGAGAAAUGGAUAGAGAUAGGAAUAGGGAAAUGGAUAGAGAUAGGAAUAGGGAAAUGGAUAGAGAUAGAAACAGAGAAAUGGAUAGAGACAGGGAUAGAUAUAUGGACCGAGAUAGAAACAGAGAAUUUGAUAGAGAUAGGAAUAGGGAGUUUGAUAGAGAUAGGAAUAGGGAGUUUGAUAGGGAUAGAAACAGAGAAUUCGAUAGAGAUAGAAACAGAGAAUUCGAUAGAGAUAGGAAUAGGGAAUUUGAUAGAGAUAGGAAUAGGGAGUUUGAUAGGGAUAGGAAUAGAGAAUUUGAUAGAGAUAGAAACAGAGAAUUUGAUAGAGAUAGAAACAGAGAAAUGGAUAGAGAUAGAAACAGAGAGAUGGACAGAGAUCGGAAUAGAGGAAUGGAAAAUGAUACAAAUUAUAAAAGAAAACAUAGUGAAAGUGAAUUAAAUUUAGCACGAAAAAGAUCUUUUUGUAUUGAAAAUGACAAUAAGAACAGUAAUAGUGUUGUGAGAAGAGUACAUGAAUAUAGUUCUGCUGAACGCCCUGAAAAAGAAAGACAUGUUUAUAACUCAUCAGAUAAUCAAUCUCGAAAAUAUCACGCUCAUACAAAUAAAGCAGAUGAUAACGAGAAUUGGGAAACAAAAAUGUCAAAGUUGAAGGAGAAAUUAAUAAAAAAAAAUAUGAACAAAUAA